AUGGGGAGUGUGCGAAGCCACCGCUACAGCAUUGUGUCCUCUGAGGAAGACGGCAUGAAGCUGGCCACUAUUGCCGUCCCGAAUGGCUACGGAAACGGCAACGUCAACAAGGUGCACACAUUGCGCCAAUGUCAGAGCCGCUUCGUCAGGAAGGAUGGUCACUGCAACGUGCAGUUUAUCAAUAUGAGUGAAAAAGGCCAGCGCUACCUGGCAGAUAUCUUCACCACCUGUGUGGACAUCCGCUGGCGCUGGAUGCUGCUCGUAUUCUGCCUUUCUUUCCUGCUGUCGUGGUUGUUUUUUGGCUUUGUCUUCUGGCUAGUUGCCCUCUGCUAUGGAGACUUAGAGAAUGAGACUCAGAUGUGUGUUUCCAAUGUGGACAGCUUCACCGCUGCUUUCUUGUUCUCAGUGGAGACCCAAACCACAAUUGGCUACGGCUAUCGCUACGUGACAGAGGAGUGCCCCGUUGCUGUCUUUAUGGUCGUCUUCCAAAGUAUUUUGGGCUGCAUCAUUGACGCUUUCAUCAUCGGUGCGGUCAUGGCCAAGAUGGCCAAGCCCAAAAAGAGGAACGAGACCCUGGUGUUCAGCCACUAUGCAACAGUGGCCAUGAGGGAUGGCAAGCUGUGCCUGAUGUGGCGAGUGGGGAACCUGAGGAAGAGUCACUUGGUGGAGGCCCACGUCAGGGCUCAGCUCUUGAAGUCCCGCACCACCGCAGAGGGGGAGUUCAUCCCCCUUGAUCAGGUGGACAUCGACGUGGGCUUCGACAGUGGCAUUGACAGAAUAUUCCUGGUGUCUCCGAUCACCAUCGUGCAUGAGAUCGACGAGGACAGCCCGUUUUAUGAGAUGAGCAAACGGGAGUUGGAGACGACAGAGUUCGAGAUCGUUGUGAUUCUGGAAGGCAUGGUCGAGGCUACGGCCAUGACCACUCAGUGUCGGAGUUCGUAUGUGGCCAGCGAGAUUCUGUGGGGCCACCGCUUUGAGCCGGUGCUCUUCGAAGAGAAGAACUACUACAAAGUGGACUACUCACGCUUCGAAAACACCUACGAGGUGCCCAGCACGCCCGACUGCAGCGCCAAGGAGCUAGCAGAGAGGAAGUCCAACGAAGCCAGCUUGAGGAACUCCUUUUGCUACGAGAACGAGGUGGCUCUUGAAAAAGUUCAGAUGGAGGAGGACUUUGAGGAGGAUGUGAUAAGCGAUGUUGAGGUCGGCGUGCCUGAGGACACAAACACAAAUGCUGUGUCAGACUCCGAAUGCAAUCUGGACUCUUUACCUUUAGAAUCAACUCCCCUGACGGCAGAAUCAGAAAUAUGACAGCAGGGGACAGAGGGUUAAAACACUACCACAGGGUAUGUUGAACUUCGGUCCAGACUGCUGUUGUCAAUAAUGCAUGACACUUUGAAAAGACUGUGAUUUGAGUUUGAAAAUCUCUAUGCAGAAUCUUAUGCACAA